AUGGACGACAUCAGGCCUCCGGACAGACGAGCAUCCGGUGGCCGGGAUUUUCAGCGCGCGUACAAAGCCUGUCUUUCAUGUAGACAGAAGAAAGCCAAGUGCGAAAUUGGGGCUGCUCCACCAUGCGCAAGAUGUCGUCGUGAACAGAGACGUUGCGUUUUUAGUGAGAAGCGGUCAUGGGCCAGGAAGGCCAGGACUGAUUCAUUGUCUCCGAGUCAGCCGAAGCAUACUCCACAGCAACAUAAUCAUGCCACACCUAGAGAACCUAUUGACUUCCAAGGCUCCUCUGAGCCGAAUCAAUUGACAAACUCGUUGAUGAGGCAUGUUGUGUCAAGUGGAAAUGAUGCACUCAAUCUUCUCUUUGAGGCAGCAGCUCAUACCAACUCUCAAAGUAAUGAUAUGACACCGGACAGACAACCUGGUGUUGGAUCCGGUCAUGGCAUAUCAAAAGUACUUGCUCAGUCACUUCCACAGGCUACUUAUACUGGCACGAGUCCAGCCGCUCCACCGCCUAUAGAACUAUCAAUGACCGAUGCCAAUUUAAUCAGCGUAUGGGAAUCGUUCCGAGUUGUGAAAUUAGGAUGGUUCACUGCAAAGGAAGCAGUAACAUUCGUUGAUAAUUUUUUCGAAAAUUUAGCUCCAUUGUCUCCCAUCUUGACAGAGUUCUACCGGAGACACGAGAAUCAUCAUAUUCUCGUGACUCACGAGUACUUCCUUUGUUGCACUAUAUUGAUGAUAUCAUCUCGCUACCAUGUUCUUCCUGGAAUCGGAGGAGCAUCAAGGAGUUUCUUCAUACAUAAUAGACUAUGGAAUCAUUGUCAGAGCUUAAUCAUGCGCCUAAUUCUUGGCCAAGAGCGAUCCUCACGCGGCAGCAUACGAACACUAGGCACCAUAGAGGCCCUGCUACUGAUAUCUGAAUGGCAUCCUCGAUCACUGCACUUUCCACCAGAAGGUGACGCAUGGGAUUCAGACAUAGCAUUUGGGCUUUCCGACGGCCCAGCAACGAAUCAACCCGAAUCAUCUUCUAAUCAAUGGCUUCAAGAUGUGAUUGAGCCAGCAAGACGGUCAGACCAAAUGUCCUGGAUGCUUCUCGGAUCUGCAUUUUCUCUCGCGCAUGAACUCGGCAUCUUUGAGCCAGAAGAACGCAGCUUGGAGCCCUCUAAACAUCCAAGCCCAGCCCUCGUCACUCAUAAUAGAAUUCGCAAACAGCGCGUUCAACAACUUCUCUAUGUGUAUAUCAACCAGCUUGCUUCGCGGAUAGGAUGUAUGUCCUUGAUGCCGCAGAAUCUCAACCGCGCUAUCAGCAAAAUACACGGUCUGAAUCCCGUUGAGACUAAAACCGAGUGGGACACAUUCAUGGAUUCUUGGAUGGACCUUACAAAACUCACCCGAUCGGUCAACGAUAUGCUUUUCCCAUCUGCAUCGUUUGCGAAACAACAGCUUCACAGUGGACGUUACAUAGGGCUGCUGGAUCAUUUCCGUCCCUUAUUGGCACAAUGGCGAGCUCGUCAUCUAGACGCGCCGACGGGGCUUAGUACGAACUUCAUCAAUAUUCUCCAUAUCGAGUAUCAUUAUGUGCGCGUAUACACGCAUUCAUUCGGAAUGCAAGCUGUCGUCGAGCGUGUCCUAGCUGAUACCCACAGUAACUCCAAUUCCACCUCAUCCAACAAUAACAACACCUACAACAACAACAAUACCAACAAUAUUGACUCAACGCCUUCCCAACACCCCAACACAGAAAUAAACCUCGACCCUAUAGACCACGAAUUCAUCCAAGAAGUAAUCGACGGAUCCUGCCAAAUCCUCAAGAAAGUAAUCGAACUCGCUCAAGCAGACAAACUCCGCUUCUCGCCCGUCCGCAUCUUUCUGCGCGUCACCAGUUCAUCAAUAUUCUUGCUCAAAGCCCUGAGUCUAGGCGUACGCCACACGAAGCUUCAGGAAUCGCUCGAUGUGCUCGAGAAGAGUAUUCAGGCUCUCAGGUCUAAUAUCCUGGAUGAUGUCCAUCUCGCAUCGCGAUAUGCGAUUUUGUUGGAGGUUCAUCUUUCGCGCUUAAGGCGGAAUUUGGUUGCUUCGUCUUCGUCCGCUACGAUGAACAAGAUUGGUCCCGUACCUGGCGCUACAGUCAUGUCGUCUUCCGCCUCAACGACGCGAAAUAGUGCUCGACCAUCAUCAACACAGCCGUUCUUCAGGGGUGGCGGAGAGGCCAGCAUCACAGAUACCAAUCGCAUGUAUACCAGCAACUCCAAUAGCGACAACUCAUCUGACGAUGUAGUCAUGGCCCAAACAAUACAGCAACCUUCUGCCUUUGCGGCAAGUAAUGAUAAUAAUGCAGCGGCGGCUCCUAUGGUGGAUGAGAAUGACUGGUUGUUUUCGUUGCCGUUUGAUCCGUCCAUGGCACCCUUUGGACCGAGUGGUGGGCAGUUAUCUGGCUUCGAUGGCGGGACGCUGGACUUUUUGUGGAAUUUACCGGAAUAG